CCGCGCAGCAUCUUCAUCAUCAUCAUCAUCAUUAUCAUCAAUAUAUUAUCAUCAUAAUAAUAAUCCAAGAAUUAAUUUCGAAAAUGCUUAUAAAGAAUCGAUUAAUGAGAUACGAACAAUAUUUAUUAAACAACAUUAUAAUUUUGAUGCAUUCUUUCGCCAUGUAUUAACCAUGUCACAUGCGGAUUUUCAUCGAAUGUUUUCCGAUACAUAUGGAAUAUUAUAUGAUCGUCAUUCAUUCAUAUUCAAUAAUAUGUUUCAUAAUCUUGAACAAUAUUACAAUGAUGGUCAAUUAGAUCUUACAAUGGCUAUGAAAGAAUUUUUUAAUCUUUUAUAUAAAAAAAUGUUUGAAGAAUUGAAUGCACAAUAUGCAUUUGAUGCAAAUUAUCUUAAUUGUACAGUAGAACAUAUGGAAGAAAUGAUGCCAUUUGGUGAAUUGCCACAAAAAUUAAUUGUACAGGUACGACGUUCAUUUGUUGCUAUUCGUACAUUUGUACAGGCACUUCGAUAUGGUAGUGAUAUAUUGAAAACAAUCAUCGAGUUGCCCACAAGUACGACCUGUGAAAAUCGUCUACAUUCAUUAUCCUAUUGUUAUGGAUGCAUAAAUGGUCAUCAUUCAACAGCAAACAAUGUAAAUGUCAUAUGUCAAUCAACAUGUAUGAAUUUUUUGGAAAAAUGUUGUCUACAAUGUCAUAAUAAUCUCAAUAAAGAAUGGAAUAAAUAUCUCAACGAUAUGAUACGAUUAGCUAGUCGAUUGAAAACAUCAUUCAAUAUUGAACAUAUCGUUAGCCCUAUUCAUAUACAAAUAUCGGAUGCAAUUAUGAAUUUCCAGGAAAAUGGCCGUACUAUUUCACAGAGGCUAUUUAACAAAUGUGGCCGACCUGUUCAUCGUAAACGUGAAAAACGAAAUGAUAAUCCAGUACUAAAUCAACCAUACAAAUCAUCAUCAUCAUCAUUACCAUCAUCAACAACAACAACAUCGAAUGUUGGAAAGCCAUACCAAUUUCCAAGAAUACCAAAUACAAUGAACAAUUCUCAUAGGCAAUUACCAUCAUCACUUUCACAACAACAACAGCAGCAGCAGCUUCAACAACAACAAAAUAUUGACAGCAUAAUCGAUUCAAUGACAAAUGAUUUCAAAACAUUUAAAAAUUUUUGGUCAAAUUUGCCAAGAAAAUUAUGUUCAUAUUAUAGUACCAGUGCGAAUUGUGUUGCUAAUCAGACGCUUCGAAAUUCAGAUGAGCCAAAUUAUCGUGAUCGAAACAAUGUCGAAAUCAUCAAUCAACAGAUCUCAACAUUACGAUUAAUUUCAUUCAAUCUGAAUAAAGCAUACAAUGGUUUGGAUGUGGAUUUUGAAAAUAAUUUUGAUACUGACAAUGAUGCUCCAAUUGAUGAUGAAAUAUCCGAUGAUGGAAGUGGUGAAUCAUCGGGCGACGACGAUGGCAGCGGUUUUAUUGAUUCAUCUUCCAUCGACGAACAUGAACAUAAUAAAAAUCCAAUAUAUCAGCAUAAUGAUCCACGAACAAAUCAAUCAUCAUCUAAUAAUGACAUCCAUUUCGAUUCAACUGAAUCCACCACUCCCAUUACAACGACGACGACGACGACAACAACAAAAAUCAUUACAUUGGAUAUAACAAAAACGGCUGGAUCAUUGGGACAUAAUAAUCGACCAAAUUACAAUUCACAAAUCCUAAUUAUUAUUUCAUCAACAUUAUUGACAUUUUGGCUAUAUCAAUGAAAUUAUCGUCAAUUAUUUGUUUGCUUGUUAUUGAUGAUUCCUCUCUUUCUCUUUCGUUUACCCAUCUUUUCCUUCCUUUAUCAUCAUUUAAUUGAUUGAUUUGCUGUGAUUUAUUUCAUU